AACGUAAACGUAGUAACGUAAUUUGUAACAUAGCGUUUGUUUUGUAAAUGCGUAUUGCGUUAUUCAGUUGCCGUAAACGCUUCCUUAUUUUUUAUUAUAAAACGUCCUAAAAUGACAGAUCGGUGUUGUGCACGGUGUGAGCAAGAUCGGUUCGGUGGACUAACCUCAAACACUGACAUCGAUCAGUAAUAAAAAAGUUGUAUGAUUGUUGUAGUAAAAGUUUUAAAACAAUCGAUCUUAACAUAAACUGUUAGAAUGACAACAAAAAGUCCACUAGUUUUUAGCAUUUUGACGGAAUGUGGCACUUCCAAAGCCCGUGUAAGUCGUAUGAUUCUCCCACAUGGUCCAGUGGACUUGCCAGUAUUUAUGCCAGUUGGAACACAGGGUACUCUAAAAGGAAUGUUGCCUGAACAAUUAGAAGAACUUGGUCUGCAAAUCAUGUUGGCCAAUACUUAUCACUUGGGGACAAAACCGGGCACUGAAAUCCUACAAAAAGCAGGAGGUUUGCAUAAAUUUAUGAACUGGAAUGGUUGCUUAUUAACCGACUCUGGUGGUUUCCAGAUGGUGUCUUUACUGAAAUUAGCAGAAAUUACAGAAGACGGUGUCCGUUUUCAAUCACUUAAUGAUCAAAAAGCAGAAGUUAUGUUAACGCCUGAACAUUCAAUUGAAAUUCAAAACGCAAUCGGCGCAGAUAUUAUUAUGCAAUUAGAUGAUGUUGUCAAGACCACAAAUCCUGAUAAAGAAAGAAUAGAAGAAUCUGUGUAUAGGACAACUAGAUGGCUAGACAGAUGUUUGAAGGCACAUCAAAACCCAGACACUCAAAACAUCUUUCCAAUAGUACAAGGUACUCUUUAUGAGGACUUGAGAGAAAAAAGUGCAAAAGAUCACAUUGAAAGAGAUGUUCGUGGAUUUGCUAUAGGUGGACUUAGCGGAGGAGAGAGUAAAGAUGAUUUUUGGAAAAUGGUUCAUUUAUCGACAAAUAUUUUACCAAAAAAUAAACCGCGGUAUCUAAUGGGUGUAGGUUUUGCAGAAGAUUUGGUUGUUUGCUGUGCUUUAGGAGUGGAUAUGUUUGACUGCGUGUUCCCCACCAGGACAGCGAGAUUUGGGUGUGCAUUAACUAGAAAAGGACAACUGAAUUUGAAGAAAGAGCAAUUUAAGAAGGAUUUUAGGCCAAUAGAUGAGAAUUGUCCAUGUAAUACUUGCAAGAAUUACACAAGGGCAUAUUUGAGUGGAAUUGUAACAGUAUUACCAGUGGCGUGUCACCUUCUUACAGAGCACAAUAUAGUGUUUCAAAUGAAUUUAAUGAAGGAUAUAAGACAAAGUAUAACCAAAGGCAAAUUUCCCGAUUUUGUACGGGACUUCAUGCUGCAAGUCUACCCCACUAAAAACUAUCCUAGUUGGAUUAUCGAUUCUUUAAGUGCCGUUAAUAUAAAAUUAAAGUGACUAAUGUAUAGUUUUAUUUUUUUAUAAACUUAUUUUUAAUAAUUUUUGUAUUUA